UUUACUUAAAAGACGUAACGGCCUACCGAGAAAGACGAUGUGUUUCACUAUUUCACUACCUACACAGGAAAUUAUUUGAAGUUGAGGACAUAUUCACACGAUUUUUAAACUUAAAGCUCAGUCUCUUAGACGGGUAAGUGUUGUCUUACUGAUUUAAAAACAAUAAAACAAACAAAAAAGACUACGUUUUCAUGUAUUAGCCUCUGAAUGUGACCAUGACCAUAUGCCAUAUGGGCAUGGGAAAAACCGGUUUUAAUUUUAUAUGAAUGUAUUUCAUUGUCGCUAAUGUCGUGUUAGCAAGAAGUAAAAUCACAGCAACAACAAAACUUUCCACUGUGUUAAAGGAAUUAAAACCCCUUAAAUAUUACCACUAGCAUUAAAUAAAUGAACGCCCUAAAUUUCUUACUUUCACUUUAAACAAAAUAUUCAAUAUGAACUAAAAACAUUUAUAAAAAAAUUCAUAAUGAAUGUGUACUCUUUGACUUUGAAUAAAUAAAUGUGUCUCUUUCCAAUUUUAACAAUUAAAUAUUUGAUAAUAAUUCAACAUUAAAAAUUUGAAAAUAUUAAAACACUAGAUAGUUGAAACUAAUCUUUCAUGACAUUUAAACAAUCUGCUCCUGUCUGUUACCCUAAAAAUAUAUUUUUUUAAAAGCAAAUUUAAUUUAUAAAGAAGAGCUCUUCAGUCAAAAAAGGGUUGCCCAUUGCUGAAUUAUCCGAUUUAACUUUUUCCUUGAAAAAAUGUAUCCAUUAUUUUAUUUGAAUUUAUUAUAAAGUAUCCCCAGUGUCCAAGCUUGGUUAAUUUGAUUCUAUAGUAUACUAAUUUUGUUUGUCAUGGGUUUCAUUUUCCCCUACAGCCCAUUCAUCAAUAUUCGAAAACUCCAACUCAUUUCUCAGAAAAGCAUCACAUGGUUGUAAAGUUGUGGAAAUAUAGUUUUCCUAGAAAUUUUCAUGAAUCAAUUUUAUCAGUUUUUUCCUCGCAAUCCAAUUUAUUGAGUGUAGCUUCCUGGGUCUACUUCUUAUAACACUAACCACUGUGGUGGUGGGAGCUUGUGGAUGGGACUUGUCCUUGAAAGGUGAUGUGUGCACGUUAUUGUGACUUGUGUUAGAGAAGUGGUAGGUGCUAAUGAUGGUGACUUGUGUUAGAGACAUAGUAGGUGCUAAUAAUGGUGACUUGUGUUAGAGAGGUGGUAGGUGCCAAUAAUGGUGACUUGUGUUAGAGAGUUGGUAGGUGCUAAUAAUGGUGACUUGUGUUAGAGAGGUGGUAGGUGUCAAUAAUGGUGACUUGUGUUAGAGAGUUGGCAGGUGCUAAUAAUGGUGACUUGUGUUAGAGACAUAGUAGGUGCUAAUGACGGUGACUUGUGUUAGAGAAGUGGUAGGUGCUAAUGAUGGUGACUUCUGUUAGAGAAGUUGUAGGUGCUAAUAAUGGUGACUUGUGUUAGAGGGGUGGUAGUUGCUAAAAAUGGUGACUGUGUUAGAGAUAUAGUAGGUGCUAAUAAUGGUGGCUUGUGUUAGAGGAGUGGGAGGUGCUAAUGCUGGUGACUUGUGUUAGAGAAGUUUUAGGUGCUAAUAAUGGUGAAUUGUGUUAGAGAGAUGGUAGAUGCUAAUAAAGGUGACUUGUGUUAGACACAUAGUAGGUGCUAAUGAUGGUGACUUGUGUUAGAGAUAUAGUAGGUGCUAAUAAUGGUGACUUGUGUUAGACGAGUGGUAGGUGCUAAUGAUGGUGACUUGUGUUAGAGAAGUUGUAGGUGCUAAUAAUGGUGACUUGUGUUAGAGAGAUGGUAGGUGAUAAUAAUGGUUGGUGCUAAUAAUGGUGACUUGUGUGAGACACAUAGUAGGUGUCAAUAAUGGUGACUUGUGUUAGAGAGUUGGUAGGUGCCAAUAAUGAUGACUUGUGUUAGACACAUAGCAGGUGCUAAUAAUGGUGACUUGUGUUAGAGACAUAGUAGGUGCUAAUGAUGGUGACUUGUUUUAGAGACAUAGUAGGUGCUAAUGAUGGUGACUUGUGUUAGAGGCGUGGUAGGUGCUAAUGAUGGUGACUUGUGUUAGAGACAUAGUAGGUGGUAAUAAUGGUGACUUGUGUUAGAGGGAUGAUAGGUGCUAAAAAUGGUGACUUAUGUUAGAGACAUGGUAGGUGCUAAUAAUGGUGACUUGUGUUAGAGAAAUGGUAGGUGCUAAUAAUGGUGACUUGUGUUAGAGACAUAGUAGGUGCUAAAAAUGGUGACUUAUGUUAGAGACAUGGUAGGUGCUAAAAUGGUGACUUAUGUUAGAGACAUGGUAGGUGCUAAUAAUGGUGACUUGUGUUAGAGAAAUGGUUCGUGCUAAUAAUGGUGACUUGUUUUAUAGAAAUGGUAGGUGCUAAUAAUGGUGACUUGUGUUAGAGAAAUGGAAGGUGCUAAUAAUGAUGACUUGUGUUAGAGACAUAGUAGGUGCUAAAAAUGGUGACUUGUGUUGGAGACAUGGUAGGUGCUAAUGAUGGUGACUUCUGUUAGAGAAAUGGUAGGUGCUAUUGAUGGUGAUUUGUACUUGUAUUAGAGAAGGGGUUGGUGCUAAUGAUGUUGACUUAGUUCAGAGAGUUGGUAGGUGCUAAUGAUGGUGACUUGUGUUAGAGAAUUGGAAGGUGCUAAUAAUGAUGACUUGUGUUAGAGACAUAGUAGGUGCUAAAAAUGGUGACUUGUGUUGGAGACAUGGUAGGUGCUAAUGAUGGUGACUUCUGUUAGAGAAAUGGUAGGUGCUAUUGAUGGUGAUUUGUACUUGUAUUAGAGAAGGGGUUGGUGCUAAUGAUGUUGACUUAGUUCAGAGAGUUGGUAGGUGCUAAUGAUGGUGACUUGUGUUAGAGAGGUGGUAGGUGCUAAUGAUGGGGACUUGUACUUGUGUUAGAAAAGGGUUGUUUCUAAUGAUGUUGACUUGUAGUAAGAGUGGUAGGUAGUUGGUGACUUAUACUUGCGUUAGAGAGGUGGUAGGUGCUAAUGAUGGGGAUUGUCCUUGCGUUAGAGAGGUAGUAGGUGCUCAUGAUGGGGACUUGUACGUGUGUUAGAAAAGUUGUUGGUGCUAAUGAUGUUGACUUGUAUUAGAGAAGUGGUAACGUGCUAAUGAUGGUGACUUGUGUUAGAGAGAUAGCAGGUGCUAAUAUGGUGACUUGUGUCAGAGAGAUAGCAGGUGCUAAUAAUGGUGACUUGUGUCAGAGAGGUUGUAGGUGCUAAUGAUGGUGAUGCUCCGUGAAAAGUGAUGGGUGCUACUGAAGGGGACUGGCGCUAGAAGGGUGGUUUGGUUCUAAUGAAGGUAACUGGUUUUAGGAGUGCUUGGUGCUAGUGGAGGGUACGGGUGUUAGAGAGGUGCUGGGUGCAAGUGAAAGGAACUGGUGUUAGAAAAGUGGUUUUGUUGCUAGACUGGUCCUUGGGAGGUCAUUUGAGGGGGUGGGGGGGAGUUGUUCCACUGUAAGCGCAGCGGUGUGACCCAUAUGUUUUUACAUACUGUAUCUACCUGUCGUAACCUGAUACGCACACAAUCGAUUUUGUUUGGCGAGUGGGCCUGUCAAGGUGUGAAUUAAGGCUCAAAAGAUAAAUUAGGUUACAUUAAUAAGUGUAAUCAGAUGCAGCUAAUGGGCUAAAUUUAGUUGUAUAUUAAAGGGUGUUAAGCUGUAUAAUCAAAGUGUUUAUAGUGUGUUUAUUGAAGUGUAUAGAAAAGUGUGUUUACAUUUAAAUGUAAAGUCGUAUAUUUUGAGGUGUAAUGCUAAAGGGUGUGCACGAGUGUGCAGUAAACUUCAAAGAAACAAGGUGUCAUUGAGAACUUUCAUAUCAUUAAUAUUUCGGGUAGAGCUUGAUCUAAGCACCCCGAGCAUGGGCGCGAGAUAUUGCCAUACGGGUACUGGCGCCAUGCUUGGCGUCUGAUCUUGAUUAACUUCAACUUUAGCUCAAACAGCUUUCCUCUUUCUCAUCUUUGCGGUACUUACACUGUUUAGGACUCAAGGCGAAAAUAUUACGUUGGUAUCACAUUUAAAAAUAAAUAUGUACACACAACAGACGGACAAAAGCAUACAAUUGGAGGCGAAGAUAACACGAGAUACUUUCAUAACCGAUUUCAACGACAAAGCGUGUGGUUGACCCGAGCACUGGGGCAAACGAGGCAACAAAACCUAACAACGAACGUGCUGGACAUUCGAAUUCCAGGGCAGCUUUCGGAUUUCGAGAGAAGAUCGGCUUUCAAGCUGGUCGGGUUCUAAGGCUUUUUGUGCGAUCAGUUUAUAAUCUUUGAAUUCCUCCAUUGGUCCAUGGCCUUCAAAGUCACUAGCGAUCAGUUUAUAAUCUUUGAAUUCAUCCAUUGGUCCAUGGCCUUCAAAGUCACUAGCGAUCAGUUUAUAAUCUUUGUUUAUAAUCUUUGAAUUCCUCCAUUGGUCCAUGGCCUUCAAAGUCACUAGCGAUCAGUUUAUAAUCUUUGAAUUCAUCCAUUGGUCCAUGGCCUUCAAAGUCACUAGCGAUCAGUUUAUAAUCUUUUAUUUCCUCCAUUGGUCCAUGGCCUUUAAAGUCACUAGCGAUCAGUUUAUAAUCUUUGAAUUCCUCCAUUGGUCCAUGGCCUUCAAAGUCACUAGCAAUCAGUUUAUAAUCUUUGAAUUCAUCCAUUGGUCCAUGGCCUUCAAAGUCACUAGCGAUCAGUUUAUAAUCUUUGAAUUCCUCCAUUGGUCCAUGGCCUUCAAAGUCACUAGCGAUCAGUUUAUAAUCUUUGAAUUCAUCCAUUGGUCCAUGGCCUUCAAAGUCACUAGCGAUCAGUUUAUAAUCUUUGAAUUCCUCCAUUGGUCCAUGGCCUUCAAAGUCACUAGCGAUCAGUUUAUAAUCUUUGAAUUCCUCCAUUGGUCCAUGGCCUUUAAAGUCACUAGCGAUCAGUUAGAGGGAGGCAUUUGGUUUUCUAGACAAUUCAAGGGAGGUAACUAGUAAUUUUAAAAAAGAGCUGUUAAAGUUAAUUUCAAUAAGUUAACACUAAUAUAAUUAAAAUUGAAAUCUGAAUCGGCUAAUCGAUGAUCCGCCAAACUUUGAUCGAUCAAACGGUGUCGUUGGACUCAGAGUUUCGUAAAAUUUCAGCUCUCUUUAAACAACGGUAUAUAUAUAUAUAUUUAAAUUGUCGUCAAAUAAGUCACAAACAUUUAGAAUCAUACAGACAGACCCUAACAUGAAAGAGCACCAUGAACUGAAUAAAAUCCUUUAAAAUAACGUGCAUUCUUCUGAGAGCAGAAAGUAUGUUUAUGCUACCAUGUUUUUAAACAAUGGACAGUGCCCUCCACCUCCACCCCCAUACACACACCCGGCACCAUGGAAAAUGACUUGUUGCUAAAUCUCCCUUCAUCCCAAUCUACCACCACAUCUGCAUGAGUCAUUACAAAAUAUAUACAAAAUAUUUUUUACGUGAAGUAUAUAUACAUAUAUAUACAAUUUUUGUCGUUUGAACAUCUGUUAAAACUUGGGGAACAUUCUGUAAGAAGAGUUGUUUAAAAUUGUAUUUUAUUGUCGGGGAACACUCUGACUAUAUAGAUCUAGAAAGGUAACCUUGUUUCAUUUCAUGGGCGCCCGCAGAAAACUUUCUAGGGGGGGGGGGCAAAAUUUUUUUAGUAACGUUUAAAUAUAGUUUUAAUUUACUGUAGCAUAUUUGUAUGGUGAACGAACGGACAGGACAUCAGCUUAGUUACUUUCUCUUUAUUUUCUCUUUAUUUUAAUAAAUUUUUUGUCUAUUUUUGUCUAAUUUUUUUUUAUCCAAUCAAUCCAGGGGGGGGGGGCAAGUGCCCCACCUUGCCACUACCUGCGGGCGCCCAUGUUUCAUUGUAAAUACAAAAAAAAAGUUCAUUUUUUAACGCUCUUUAUAUGCUUGUAAAAAAAACAACCAAAAAUGAAUGAACUCUAAGGCUAUUAUUGGUAACUAUGUAAAAUGUAACACUUUUGGGCAAGAAAAAAAAAAUGAAAAUAAAAAUCACCAAAAAAAAAAAAAAAAGACACCCAAAAAUACACCAAACACCAUCAACAGACAAAAAGACAGAAAACACCAUCAACAGACAAAAAGACAGAAAACACCAUCAACAGACAAAAAGACAGAAAACACCAUCAACAGACAAAAAGACAGAAAACACCAUCAACAGACAAAAAGACAGAAAACACCAUCAACAGACAAAAAGACAGAAAACACCAUCAACAGACAAAAAGACAGAAAACACCAUCAACAGACAAAAAGACAGAAAACACCAUCAACAGACAAAAAGACAGAAAACACCAUCAACAGACAAAAAGACAGAAAACACCAUCAACAGACAAAAAGACAGAAAACACCAUCAACAGACAAAAAGACAGAAAACACCAUCAACAGACAAAAAGACAGAAAACACCAUCAACAGACAAAAAGACAGAAAACACCAUCAACAGACAAAAAGACAGAAAACACCAUCAACAGACAAAAAGACAGAAAACACCAUCAACAGACAAAAAGACAGAAAACACCAUCAACAGACAAAAAGACAGAAAACACCAUCAACAGACAAAAAGACAGAAAACACCAUCAACAGACAAAAAGACAGAAAACACCAUCAACAGACAAAAAGACAGAAAACACCAUCAACAGACAAAAAGACAGAAAACACCAUCAACAGACAAAAAGACAGAAAACACCAUCAACAGACAAAAAGACAGAAAACACCAUCAACAGACAAAAAGACAGAAAACACCAUCAACAGACAAAAAGACAGAAAACACCAUCAACAGACAAAAAGACAGAAAACACCAUCAACAGACAAAAAGACAGAAAACACCAUCAACAGACAAAAAGACAGAAAACACCAUCAACAGACAAAAAGACAGAAAACACCAUCAACAGACAAAAAGACAGAAAACACAAUCAACAGACAAAAAGACUGAAAACAGCAAGACUUUGCAAGCGUACUUUUAAGCCUGCGGCCUAUUUAAUGGGCCGUAAUGAUAUUUCUGCGCCGUUCGUACACAGGCUUUAAGUUAAGUUGAUUUUUUAAAAUGAUAAUAUAUAUACAUCACACAAUUUUUAUAUUUUCAGAUUUAUAACAAGUUGAAAUAAGCCAAGGCAUGGAUCUGCUUCUGAUUGGUCGUUCUGGAAACGGGAAGAGCGCAACCGGAAAUAACAUUUUGGGAAGCGAAUGUUUUCUUAAGAACAACGACAGCUACGCCAAAUCCUCGAAACCCAUGCCAGGCAGACGGUUGGUCGAGAACCAACACGUGACGGUCGUGGACGGCCUCUGCCUGCAGGAGGACUCUUUCACAGACUGCGUGAGGGAUGCCCGCGAGGCUUUACGCAUGGGCAACGGCGGGUUCACCGCGCUCGUGUUUGUCCUGAGGUACGGGGAGAAAUUCGGCGCAGAUGAGGCCGAUUUGGUGAGGCUGGCAAAACGUGUAUUCGGAAAGGAUGUGGUUAGAGAUUACGCGGUCUGCGUCGUGACAAGAGGGGAUGAUUUUAAGUACGCCGUCGAGGAGGGCGAGGAGACGGUUCGAAAUUUCUACGAAUGGUGCCGAAGACAAACGGGUGAUCUGAAGAAUCUACUUCACGAAUGUCGAGAUCGGGCUGUUCUUUUUGACAAUAAAACUAAAGACGACAACACGAAAAAGAAUCAGCUCUCAGAAAUUCUCGAGAUUGUUCGUAGCAUCCAACGUGGUGGUGUUGGGAGAUACACAGUAGACAAUUUCAGUAAAAUUCACGGGAAGCCGUUAGUGCAAGAUUCUGAGACGAGCUCUGCUGAGUUCGAGAGGAAAACGCGUGAUAAAAUCAGAGAGAUUGGAGAGCGAGUGGCCAUUUAUUUAAAAGAUGGAUUUCCGGAUGAGAAGCUGCGGAGGUCACUGCAGGAAGACUUGAGGGAGCUUUCAACAAGUGUAAGUCAUACGCUGGAAGACGAGGGAAACAAACUGAAGUACAUCAGGCAAAUUCAAGAUCUGUCUGACAAAAUGAAAGAGAAGAGACCAAGCCAUCACGACGUAGAUAGAGGAGAGGCUCAUUUGCCGCAGCCAGUUCAGCCAUAUCAUGCUGGCGAAAUUGCACAGCAACGUCUCGACAGGGGCAAUGUAAGUAUGUUUGUUAGUGUUGUGAUCAUCAUCAUUUAAUGAACCCUGGUCAUUUCAUUUGGAUUGCUUCGAUUUUCCCCGCGACACAAAGGUGGGUCACUGACAAGAAUUGGCUGUGGUGUCAAUAAAAUUGUUAACAAAAUGAUGAAUAGAAAUCUUUGAAAUAUUAACACAAGAUUUGAUUACUAAAGUGGAUUACAAUCUGCUAACAAGUACAGUCAACACAUCCAUCAUUUAAAAUGCUCACUUGGACUUUUUAACAUCUUUUUAUUUGGACUUGUCUCCUUGUAUAUUUGGACCUGUUAACCUUGUUUAUUUGGACUUGUUUGCUCUAUUUAGCAAUGCUUGUUUACCUUGUUUGUCUGCAGAUUUAACUUGUUUAUUUGGAGCUGUUAACAUUUUUUUGAUUAUCCGGAGGUUUACCUUGAUUAUCCGGAGGUUUACCUUAAUUAUCCGGAAACGUUUACUUUUCACAAUUUGUGCCUGUUUGCAUUGCCCUGUUAACCUUGUUUAUAUGUGGCUGUUUAUGACUCUGAAACUUCUUACAAUCAUAAAAGAAAUAUUUCAUAUUUAAAAUGUGUAUACAUUUUAUUUCUGAGAUGGUAGCUCGAAGAGCCCCCAAAAUAUAUCGCGACACUAAAGCUACUUUACAAAAUGUUUGCUGUCUAGGGUAAGCGGGACCUAGAGAUUUCGACAAAUAUAUAACUAACUCUGGCUCAUGCAGACCUGUGACCCACAGGCUCUGAGAGACAGAAAUUAAGCUGUUGAUCAGAAUUGUAAGCCACAGGCUCUGAGAGACAGAAAUUAAGAUGUUGAUUUGAAUUGUAAGCCACAGGCUCUGAGAGACAGAAAUUAAGCUGUUGAUCUGAAUUGUAAGCCACAGGCUCUGAGAGACAGAAAUUAAGCUGUUGAUCUGAAUUGUAAGCCACAGGCUAUAAGAGACAGAAAUGGAGCUGUUGAUCUGAAUUGUAAGCCCCAGGCUCUGAUUGACAGAAAUUGAGCUUACUUUCCAAGCAUUAAAACAAACAAAAAAUUCCCUUCAACUCCUUAAAAAGUUAUUAUUUAUUUAUUUAUUAAAAAUAUUUCUUUCACACAGGGACAGAACUUACACCUGUUACUGUUGGGUAGGACUGGCAACGGGAAGAGCUCAUCAGGCAACUCAAUCUUGGGCAAGCCAGCUUUCAAACCUUCUGCAAGCACGUCAUCGGUGACCACCGAGAUUCUCAGCGACAGUGAAACGAUCGGCGGCCAACUGAUCACCGUCAUAGAUGGACCGGGCCUGGACGACACGGAGAAAACCUCGAAGGAGGAUUUCCUGGCGUCGAUAAGCUCCGUGGAGAAAGCCCUCGACCUUUGUGACUACGGCUUCUCCGCCAUCAUUGUCGUCUUGAGGUUCGGGUUCCGCUUCACCAGGCAGGAGAGCGACGCCAUCAGACUGAUGAGGUCGAUCCUGGGGAAAGACGUGCUGAAGAAGUACGGGGUCUGUUUGAUGACGCACGGGGAUAACUUUGAGUUCGAGAUGACGCAGGACGUUGAGGAAAGCAAGGCCAUGAGCUUCAAAGAGUGGUGCGAAGCUCAGACGGGAGACAUCAAGGUGCUUUUUGAGGAAUGCAACUUCCGGCACGUGCUGUUCGACAACAAAACGAGAGACCAGGGAAAGAAGGCCAAACAGCGCCAACAGCUGCUGUCGUUAAUACCGACCGGGGGCUGCUACUCGAAGGACGAGUUUCUGGCAUCGGAAAGGGACUUAGUGGAACUGAAUUUGGCAUUUAUCCUGCCAAAACUGGAACAAAAAACUAAUGAAGAGCUUGAGAAAUUUAGAAAAAACUUGAAAAUUAUAGACAGAAAUUGUGGCACUGACGACAGUGAAUACUUUAAACAGAUGGAAUCGUUGUUGGCUGAUUUAACUGAAUAUAAAGAGAUGAUUGUCACGUUGGGGCAGAAUAAUGCGACGGAUUUUUUCAUCAUGCAACUGAGCGCGCUGGAGGUGGAGGUCAAUACGAAAUUAAAACUGCACGCUCAAAGCCGAGACAUACAAAGUCUGGAGGUAUCGAAAGCAAGCCAAGCACACCCAGUGAGGGUGCCGGUGGAGCAAUGCGGUCCGCGAAAUGCGCCAUGGGCACCAGAAAUACACAAUCCAGGGGCGUCACAGCCACAGUGGCCAGUGCCGUCUUUUGGGCCGGGGUCAUCACCCAGUAUGGCCCCAGCUCAAGGAUACAGAACAACUGAAAGGCCAUUUCCCACUUAUCGAGUCAAUGGUGCUUUGACCGGGUCUGAAGUAAGUGAUGUGGAAAAUCAAACCAUGCAAGAAUUUAAUAAAAUUUACGCAGAAUUUGUGUCUGCACAAGAGAGCAGAUAUAUUGAAAGUCGUGUGCGUAAAACGCAGACGGCUCUUGAUAAAUUAAAUAACCUCAAAGUAACCUUUGAAGAGAUUGCCAAAGGAUUACCCUGUUACGGAUAUGUUAAAAGUGAGAUGAACAAAGCUGAGCAUGAAAUGUCAUGGAACCUGGCGCAAGAAAGGCAGUAUGUGCCACCUCUCCUGGUGUACCCUCACGAGCAAAGCUACACACCGCGGCAAGUACAAGAUGAAGGAUUUGUAAUGAUUGAGUGUAAGUCACGAGUGACAACAGAUCCUUGUUAUGACCAAAGCCGCCCAGUCGCACGGUUCGCUCAAAAGAAGCAACACAAACCACUCAGGGCUUUGGUACAAAAGCAAUGGGUAAGAGCAAAAAAAUUUCUUUCGUCGUUUCUGAAGUAGAUUGUUAAUAAAUUGGCGCGGAAAAUACCAGCACCAAUUUUAUGGACAAAAUAGAAAUUUAAAAAGUAGUCGAUAAAGCGAAAACCUUUUUAAUGGGUAACAUGUUUUUUUUUUUUUUUUUUAUUUGGUGUGCGCAGUCACGUCAUAUUUUUUUUUGGGUUAAUAAAUAUUUAUUUUACAUCAACGCAGAUACAUGUUUUAAUAUAUGCAUAAGUGAUCAUCUGAGGGGAUAGCAGUGGUUUUUUUCAGACUUAUUUUUUAGAUUUUCGGGGAGUNGAAAACCUUUUUAAUGGGUAACUUUUUUUUUUUUUUUUUUUUUAUUUGGUGUGCGCAGUCACGUCAUAUUUUUAUUUGGGUUAAUAAAUAUUUAUUUUACAUCAACGCAGAUACAUGUUUUAAUAUAUGCAUAAGUGAUCAUCUGAGGGGAUAGCAGUGGUUUUUUUCAGACUUAUUUUUCAGAUUUUCGGGGAGUCGGGGCCGUGCCAUUUGCCAGUGGCAAGAGGCGUAGCUAAGGGGUGGCAGAUGGGACAUACGUCCCGGGGCGCCAAAUUAGUGUGGGGGGGGGGGUAAAUAGGAUUUGAUGGUUGAAUAUAAUGGGGUUCAGAGUUGGGGGAGGGGGCGUACAAAUGAAUCGUGUCCAUUGACGCAAAACACUCUAGAUACGUGCCUGCUAGUGGUGUCGAAAUAGGGCGGGUGGGGUGGUCCACCCAGGUGUCGCUUUUUCUUUAUUUGCAUGCAGGUGUGGCCUUUUCGGACUACUGUAGAGUUUGUAUCGUGAAAGGGAGGACGGCAAAAAUAUUUUCCCGCCCAUGGCGGCACUAACGGUAGCUGCGCCACAAGGCAGUGUAUCUAUCGAUACCAAAAUCGGCGAUCAUCUUCAUCGCAAAGUAGGGCGUAAAUCGAGGGCGCCGGUGAAUCUUAAUGGUGGAAUUUAUUUUAUUAUUUCAAAAUCAAGAGGUGUAUUUUUGAGAAUACGUGAAUUCAAUGUUCCUGUUCCACUUUUUGAACGUGGAAGGACAUUUUUAAGGUUUUUGUGGGAAGCAUUAUUUAGCCAAGUGCCUUACAUGAACUGAAUUCACUCCGUUUGGGGCGUGACCCAAUGUAAUCAUUUGGCACAAGCUUAUAAUCAACCCAAUACUGUAACAUUGAUCAACGUUCGUGAAGGUGGUACAGAAAUUUAGGGUGCUUAUCAAGUUGGUUAUUCAAUGUAUAUAGUUCUUCAAAGAUAUCGGCUAAAUAACUCACAAAUGCUUUACCAUCGACCGUUAACAGAUCCUUUGUAACCGGCCAUGUUACUUCGGCAUGUGACGAUGAUUUUUCAUACGACACUAAUCUUUAUUCUCACGGUACAAUGGAGUGAUCUGAUAUGUGAAGAAUGAAUAACACGAGAAAGAAGGAACUAGUUUUAGUAGCGUAAGGAGAAUUCAAUGUUUUGCAAGUACAGCGGGAUUGAGCGUGAUAACUUGGAUGCGAGAGGAAGACAUAUUGGAUUUUUCUGAUGGAUUUACUGAAUUAAUAUUAGAUAAAGCAUUAAACGUGUGUGUGUAUCUAUUCUCUGCAUUGCAACUAUAAUUGUUAAAACAUUAGCCUGAUGUCAAGGAAUCAUGUGAUUUAUUUAGUAUAUAAUAAAGUACUGUGUAG